AUGCCUAAUUCCUUUACCCAUCAAACCCUAGGUGAGAGGGAGAAACAAAAACUGUGCGUGCGUCUCUUUCAUCCCUCUUCAACCUGCCCACGCCCACCCUCCUCACGCAUCCCUGCAGCAGCGAUCACGAUACAAGGACUCAAUAUCUCGCCCGAGAUGCCGCCGGCCAUCAAAAGAAGUGACUCAACACUGAGCAGAUCGCCGAAACGCCACAGGCCUGAAACUUCGACGCCUCUCAAGCAAGAAGAUGUUGACUCGCCACCCCAUAACGAGAAUGCACAAGAGGAAGAAGCCGACAAAGUCCAGAUUCUGCAUACCAUCAGAAGAGAAGACGCACAGCAGCUGUUGCGAUGCAUAAUCGAGCCACUUCGAGAAGGCAACAUGCCUAUGGCUUCACUCGCCAGUCUAAUUACGCUCCCUUUUCUCAUGGUGCUCCCGCGCGAGGACAAGGCGCGAAUCGUGCUCUGGGCAAAGUUCAAGCGACUUAAGGAAGUUACACAAUGGGAAAUGGGUAUCUCCGAAGACGUUCAAGAACAUCAUUGGUACGAAGCCCUAUCCGACAAUCCGACGGACGGCGAGUGGAAGAGAAUCGAAAAAUGGCUUUUGGAGAACCCGACAUGUGCGAUUAUGACAGAUUUACGUCAGUUCAAAGAAGCGAUGCAAUACCAGGCGGAUAGAGUGUUUAUGAAGGAUUUUCUGCUUGAAACUUUGAUGCAGAAACUCGAAACGAUGUCAGCCGCUCAGGACACAGCCAAUAUUCAACUGCGCAAGGACAUAGAGAUGCUGAGGGGAGCGGUCAACAAAACCUGUGGGGACACGAAGUAA